ACAAUGUGUUGCUAAACUAUAUGGCUCAUUCCAAACAUGAUGUUCAUUUAAUUCCAUCAAGUGAUUAAUAAUAAUCAUUUUGUACUUACCCUGUAAAAUAGGUUGCAACGACCACAUUCAGAGUGCCAUGAUUGAGGAACUCCAAGAAGCAAACAUCUCACAUACAAAGUUCUUAUUUAUGGGAUUUCCAGAGAUCUACAAAUACAGACGUCUGCUUUUCCUGCCAUUUUUUGUAAGUUACAUUUUGGUCGUGUUGGGGAAUUCUUUGUUGCUUUUCGUGAUCAAAAAUACAGAAAGUCUUCACAGUCCAAUGUACAUUCUAGUGUCUGCUUUAGCGGUUGUCGACAUCAUUGUACCCACUGCCAUUAUCCCAGCAAUGCUUCUUGGUUUCCUCUUUGACUUGAAUGAAAUCUCUUUAACCGGGUGUUUGACACAAAUGUUUGUUACUCAUUUCUUUUCUUCUGUAGAGUCGACCAUACUUUUAGCUAUGGCUUUAGAUCGCUUUGUGGCCAUUUGCAAGCCAUUACAUUACACUGAAAUCAUGAACUCGGCCAUGUUUUUUAAACUGCUUAUUUUUACAUUGAUCAGAAGUGGCACUAUAAUGUUUGCACUGGUUGCUUUGGCUUCACUUUUGUCUUUUUGUGGGUCUAAUGUGAUCCAUCAUUGCUACUGUGACCACAUGGCUCUUGUUAGCUUGGCCUGUGAUUCAAUAAGCAAAAAUAAUGCAAUGGGAUUAGUUGUGAUAAUCUGUUUUGUGGGAAUUGACAUAUCUGUUAUUUUCUUCUCUUAUGUGAAAAUCUUGCAUGUUGUGUUGGGGGCUGCAGCUGGAGAGGAUCGUUGGAAAGCCUUUCAUACCUGUGGUACACACUUAAUGGUUAUGAUGUGUUUUUACUUUGUGGGGAGUAUUACCUUUCUAUCACGAAAUCUUAACAUUCCAAUCCCAAUCGAUGUAAAUACCUUUCUGGGUGUUACGUAUAUAGUAUUUCCUGCAAGUGUCAAUCCGAUCAUUUAUGGUGUGCGAACAAAAGAAAUAAGGAAUGCUUUAUUGAAAAUGUUCAAAGUAAAUAUAAAUAAGGUUUCCAUUGUAAAGGUUUCAACGAUAAAGAUUUAAGUGUCUGGAAAGUCAUUCAAUUUGACACUUUGUCUCUCUAGUAAUCUCAGCCACUGAAAUAGAAAUGUUUGUUGUCCUAUAAAGUGACUUUCAUUGUCAGAAAUAGUGAUCAUCGCCAAUGAAUAAACCAUGUUAUCUGCAUCCUCAGAGGAAUUAAAGUCUGUUCAACUAUAAGUUCCUGGUAUAACAUCUUGUUUCAUCUUCAUCUUGUUAAUGGAGAAAACAUUUGGGAAUCACUGUCUUGACUUACAUACCAAGUGCUGUUCUGUUCACUGUUUCAUGUAGUACACUGUAAUAAAUGGA